GAGAGGGAGGGUCAGAACGCUUCAAUGAGAACCACAUGGAGGGAGGAGAGAGCUGCAACCAAACAGAGAGAGAGGGGCCAACGCGAGCCGCAGAGACGCAUGAAGAAGAGCGAGAGAGCAGCUGAAGGAAAACAUCUGAGCCUCCAGGACCAGGACCGAGGUCAGACCAGGGACCACAGGCUGCACGACAACCAGAGCCAGAAUCAGGACCACAGACCAGGAGCAGCCCAGUCCACCAUGUCAGAGUCCAUCAGGAGAAAAAGCUCCAGCAGACAGCUCCUGCAGAACCUGAUCAGUUUGACGGCCCAGCGGAGCCAGGAGGAUGCGGAGGAGUUGGAGCGGGAGCGAAGGAGGAGAGCCAGGGAGACGCAGAGGGAACAGAGGAGCCCUUCCUGGCCGGAGCCGCCCCAACACAACGAGCUCUGCACACACAGCACAGAGUUGGAUGAGGAGCUGAAGCCCAGAUGUUGUUUGGUUCUGGAGGAGGACGAAGGCUUCAGCGACUGGAGUCACCGGCUGGAGAGUCGUAAUGAGCAGGAGGUGCAGGAUGACUGCAGGGCCAGAGUGCAGAGACCGCCACAGUGGAAACCGGAGGCUGAAGAGGAGAAACAGCAGCAGGAGAAAGAGGAGGAGGAGGGAGGUGAACCACAACAAAGCAGUCAGUCCCAGGAAGCUUCAACAAGACCUCCAGAGAAGUUGUCCAGCAAUAGAAAAGAGGGCAGGAUGUCAUACAGCUCAUCGGUCUUCAUGUCACAGGACGCCAGGCUGCAGCACGCCAUGGGCCAACCAGCAGACAGGACAUCAUACCUGGCAGCGGGGACGAUGAGGCCACGUGGAUCGGCCUGCAGGGUGGAUGGGGAGGUGGAGCAGGAGAAACAGAAGGGAGGGGUGCAGGAGAUGCAAGCUGCUCUGCAGAGGGAGUGGCGGUCUGUAGAAACCAGACAGAGCCCCAGAGAUGAAGAUGAUCAGGAAGAGGAAGAACUGAGCUUCACACAUGAAGAGAAGGCAGACCUUCAUCUCAGGAGGGAGGAGAAACAGCAGGAGGAUGAGGAGCAGAAAGACCGGGAGGAGGAAGAGCACAAGACUCCAGACAAGAGGCCAGUGGAGGGCAGGAGGAGUGAGGAGGUGACCAGAAGAUCUGCAGUUUCUCUCUGCAGCAGCAGCGAAGGCGAAGAGUCAGUUAACUACGGCCCCAUGAGCCCGACAUUUAAGAAACUCCUCAUUCAGUUUUAUCCAGAUGAAGUGAACAGCAGAGUCUCAACAGACGGUAAAUGCACGAUCAUAGAGAGAGCUGAGUCUCUGAAGAAAAGCACCAGCAACAUAAAGAAGACGCCACCUCCCGUGGCUGUUUCCAAGAUCGACAAGAAACUGGAGCAGUACACACACGCUCUCGAGGUCUCCUCAAAGGAAGGCAGAUCAGGCCAUCAGGUGAUGACGGACCUGACGAGUCCCUCUGAACCCGUCUCCUCCAAGAAGACCCUGUUUGAGGCCGGAGAAGCCUGGAACCAGAACGCCAUCUCAUUCACGCCAUCUAAGGAUGCAGAUGGUUUAAAAGUCGGCGUUGCUGAUCUCAUCAGUCAGUGGGUGAGAGGAAGUGAAGAUGGGAGCAGGUGCAGCUCGCCCUCCAGACCUGCAGACAUGAAACAUGGUGGUGUUUUGAACAAGAAGAAUUUAUGGGAGAGUUUUGGUGACACAUUAUCUCCUGGACGUGAAGGGAAGGAGAGCUCCACUAGUAAAAGAUAUAAGUUUGUGGUGACGGGUCACGGGAAGUAUGAGAAGGUUUCUGUGGACAGCGACUGCAAUGACGAUGCAAACUGUCAGUCAGCUGGACACUUCUAUGAAGAUUUGUGAAACACACGAUGGACUUUGAAUUUUGGAUUAUCAAAAAACAAUCUAUAUCACUUCACCAUUCUUUGUAUUUCAAUCUUUAGAUUGGAAAUGUGCUUCAAGCCUGUUGUAAUAACAAUUUUCUUGUGACACUUUGGUAUCAUAUUACAAAAGGUAGUGCAGCAAAUACAUUUUUUUCUGUUUAUAUUUUGCAGGUAUUCGUUUGAUCCUGUGAAUAAUAAUCUCAGCUGUGGUAAAUCUUUUAAUACGAUAAUAUAACUUCAAUUAAACACAUUUCCGAUGUUUGUUUCCUCAGUA